UACAAUUGUCGACUCACCUCGCCGCCCGGGGUUUUCCUAUUGUCUCAUAGCGCGCGGCUCCGCACGCCACUCGCCCCAGAGCGCCGCUAAACUCGCUCGCGAAACUCGCGCUCGCAGGCGGACCAGCAAAGCGGCAAAGCGAAGGAGGAGAAGGAGGAGGAGGAAGAGGAGGAAGACGACGAGGUGACCAUGUCGGCACAGCGCGCAGCGCUUGCUGUGCUCGCGACGAUCUUCUGCUGCCGUGCGGUAGUACAGGCUGUCAGCCGCGUCCACCACCCGUGCUCUCCCGGAUUCUCCCAUCACACCUACGAGGUGGUGGUGCCACACCACGUGAAGCCCAAUGACGUGCUCGCGAAAGUGGUAUUCUCGGCGUGCCGCGGCGACAGUGAAAGUACUCUGCUGGAGGUCGGCGACCCCCGCUUCACCGUGACGUCGGACGGCACGGUUCGCGCGGCACAGCGGCUCCACCUGAAGACCGGGGUCACGGCGUUCGAGGUCACGGCUCUCGACCCUGGCACGGGGCAGACACUGAGGACAGUGGUGCAGCUGCAGGCCAAGAAGCACAUGCACGAUGAGGACGACACGUUGGUGCUGAUGCCGUGGAGAACCGACCUCGGGUCCCGGAAUCAGCGGCGCCACAAGCGUGCGUGGGUCAUCCCGCCCAUCAGGAUCACCGAGAACGACCGUGGGCAGCUGCCUCAAAAACUCGUGCAGAUCAAGUCGGACAAAGUCAAGACCGGCGUUCAUUACAGCAUCACGGGGCCUGGGGCUGACCAAGCUCCCAUCGGUGUCUUCUUCAUCGAGGCCGGCACCGGAUGGUUGUUCGUGAACAAGAUUCUGGACCGUGAGGAGAUCGACAUGUACAUGCUCAAGGGCUACGCAGUCGACUCAAAUGGGAACAACCUGGAGGACCCGGUGGACCUGCAGAUCAUCGUCAUCGACCAAAACGACAACCGCCCCCAGUUCGCUGAGACGGAGUACUUUGGCACCGUGCCCGAGGGAUCCCUCCCAGCAACGUCUGUGAUGGACGUCACCGCCACCGACAAGGACGACCCCAACCAGGACGGAGGCAUCCUCAAGUACAAGAUCCUGAGCCAGGAACCGGCAAACCCGCUGAUGUUCACAAUUAAUACGGCCACCGGAAACAUCCGCACCCUCGCCUCCGGCCUCGACAGAGAGGUGACGAAGACGUACAAGCUGAUCGUGGAGGCGAGCGAUGGGUACGGCAGCACGGGCCUUUCCGCCACGGCAACCGCCAUCAUCACGGUGACCGACGCCAACGACAACCCACCCAUUUUCGACCCGACCACCUACAACUGCAGGGUGCCGGAGAACGCGGUGGACGUCACGUGCGCCACCCUCAUCGUCAACGACCUCGACGACCCCCACACCAAGGCCUGGACGGCCCGCUUCAUUGCCGUGAGCGGAAACGAGACGGGGAACUUCCAAAUCCCGACAGACGCCUCCAACAACGGCAUCGUCACCGUCGUCAAGGGCCUGGAUUACGAGACGACGAAAUUGGUGAAGCUGUUGGUGAGGGCCGAGAACGAGGUGGAACUCCAGACGAACGACAAGCUGAGCACGGCGACCGUCACCGUGGUGGUGGAGGACGUGAACGAGGCCCCCGAGUUCACGCCGCUCGUCAAGAAGGUGACCGUGUCGGAGGACGUCGCAGUGGGCCACAGCGUGGCCGUGCUCACCGCCAAGGACCCCGACAAGGAAAUGAACCAGAAAAUCAGCUACUUCAUCAACAACGACCCAAGGGGCUGGCUGGCAGUCGACGCCGACACGGGCUCUGUGACGACGGUGGCCAGGCUGGAUCGCGAGGUGGUGACCAACGGCGUCUACGCCGCCACCUUCCUCGCCAAGGACAAUGGUUCCCCUCCGGCCACGGGAACGGGCACGCUGCUCUUGACGUUGAAGGACAUCAACGAUAACCCGCCGGUGCUUGACGUGCCGCAGCCCAUUGUCGUGUGCGCGAGGCGCAACUUGGAGUCCAUCAACCUGACGGUGUUUGACGCCGACGCGGCGCCCAACACGGGGCCCUACAUCUUCGAGCUCCUCACGCAACCCGGGCAGCCCAGGGCAUGGUCGCUCAAGCAAUUCGGUGACUAUGCGAUUGUGAACUCUAUGAAAGAGAACCUGCCUGUGGACACCUACAACAUAUCGGUGCGCAUUACGGACAACGGGUUACCUCCGAUGGGGCAGGUGUCUGAAGUGGUGAUCAAGGUGUGCGAGUGCAGCGACCAUGGCGUGUGCAAGGCGGAGCGGCAGGCGGCCGGCCUGGGCAUGGGCGCCAUCAUCGGCAUCCUUACGGCGUUCCUGCUGCUGCUGUUGCUUCUCUUGCUGUUCCUGGUGUACCGGAAGAAGGGCCAGCAGAAGGUGGUGAAGGUUUACUCGCAAGACGAACUGCGUGACAAUCUCAUCAAAUACGACGAAGAGGGCGGUGGAGAGGAGGAUCAGAAAUACGACGCGAGCCAGCUGCCAUACCUGCUGAGCGAAGAGAUGCCGGUGCCACGGCCCAUGAUGGUGGGGCGCUACGAGCAGAUGCCCGAGGGCGAGCGGCCGCGCUUCCCGGCCCGGCCGCCUCGUGACGGCAGCGCUGAGCCCAACAUGAGCGGGUUCAUCGACGACAGCCUGAAGGUGGCCGACGGAGACCCAACGGCGCCGCCGUUCGACACGCUGCUCGUGUUCGACUUUGAGGGCGAGGGCUCCGUCGCCGGUUCCGUCAGCACCAUCAACACGGCGAGCUCGGACGAGGAUCAGGACUACAAGUUCCUCGACAACUGGGGGCCGCGCUUCCACAAGCUGGCCGAUAUGUACGGGGGCACGGAGUGAGCACGGCGGGGGGGGGGGGGGUUAGACGAGCAGGAGGUGGUGGUUACGAGUGGUGCAUGUAUGCAGGGUAUGGUGAUUGAUCGGAGGGAGAUGAGGCGUUAUAGAAAGAGGGGAGGGUACUAAAGGGGAUGCUGAGAGGAGUUAUAGAAGGCAAGUGGUCAUGGGGCUGUGUAAAAAAUUAUAUGGGAAGGGAUGGGGGUUUGAUACGGGUAGGUUAGGGUUCAAAGGAGAUGGGACUAGAGCUUCAGUUGUGUUUGGGGGGGGGGGGGUAUGGGAUUUGGCAAUCAGUGGAAACAAGUGGGUGUAGGUUGUGCUGGGGUUAGGGUGGUGGUGUUGGGAUUGGAAGAACCCUGCCUGCAUUGGGAGGAAAGGGGCUUCAGGCAAAACUGGGUUGAAGAUGACAGGAAAAAAUGUCAGGAACUAUGGUAAAUAACGAACAGGGACGAAGUUAGAAGCUGUUACAAUUAAUUAGGAUAUAUAGUUGAGUGGUUGUUGGGUUAAAUUAGGUAUACGAAUGACAUGGAGGAUGUAGCGAUAUCAAAGAGGUUAAGAAUUAGGAAGAGAAACUGAUGCUGUUUGCAAAAUUAUGGGCCGUGGAAGCAGUGAUGUUAUUCGUAAGGUUAGGAGUUUGGGAGAUGGUAGUGGUAUUACAGAGGGUUUUCGAUAUAAUUAAAGAGGUCGUGAAAACAUGAAUGGUCUGGGUUAGGGAAAAUCUGGGGGCAAAAAUGCCUUACUGGCUUGGCACAAACGGGAUGCAGGUCGACAGGGCAUUCGACACAACGGUUAGGGACGGUACUCGCAUGGAGGUGAUGAAAUCCUCGGAGCGCUCGCCACCGAAAACAGAACCUGGGUGGUCCGGCCCACAUGGCGGCACAGCGGCACCGUGGACGUAUGAGCGUGAAAAAUGCAUCUCGUCGAAUACAUCGACACGAGGAGUGUGUGGACCGCCAUGAAACGGAAUGGGCCUUUUGAAUAUAUUAUAACUAAUUUUACCAGUAGCCUCCAAGUACUUUAGAAAGGCGCGCUUGUAUUUUUAAGUUUCUUAAUUUGCCGAAACGGGGAUCGUGCAUGUAUGCAUUUUAAUAUAACGAGAUUCCCCAAACGUGCAGGGGUUUCCUGACCUUUGUGGAUCCGUAGUCCACCGUCAACUCAACGUUUUCACGGACUAACGUGCACCCAACAAACGAAUGUGUUUUUAUACAUCAAAACUACUCUUAUAUCAAGUAUCUGCAACAGUUAUGUGGACCACUUCUGUCGCAGCCUUACGGUGGCAAAACGCCAGUGUCCCCCGCGGGAGCGCAGGUGAGGAACCGACGCGCUUAGUGGUUGGUGGUCUUGUUAAACAGGGUGCUGUGGGUUCUCUCAUGUAGACACGCUUUGCUUGGUGCCUUUUUGUAUGCGCGUGGAUUGGUGUGUUAUUCGUUUGCAUGUAGACUGACCAGAGUUGACGAAACUUUAAUUAAGUUUUUUGUAUUGUUGUCAGAAAGCUUGACUUUUUAAGAAUGAGCCUUACAAUAGCCAUCCCUUAUACAAAAUGUACAAACGGUUGCUAAGAUAUGGUAAUGUUAUCAAUGUUGCCUAAUUGUACAAUGCAUUAAUUGCAACUCCAAAUCAAUUUAAAUAAAAAUGUUUUAAAUGUUU